AUGGAGAAGAACAGACAACAAGUGGAAAUGGGAAGCAUCGAAGAAUCUUCUCGCCAUCACAAAGCAAAAGAAUGGAUGCACUUAAUUGGACUUUAUUCCUCACAUUUAGCAUCAUGGUUGCCUCCUCACAUGCAACGCCAGAAGUUACUCAGCGUCAUGCCAUCAAAUCUUCCAAGCUCAACCAAACCCAACAGCAAGUUUAUGUUCCACAACUGCAUGGUUCUUUUGAGGAUUGCACUACGAUUACAUAUGACAUAUAUGGAGCGUGUACAAGCCAAAUCUGCCAUCUACACCUGUACUGGAGUGGAGAUGCUGGUUGGAUACUGGAGUCAGUGA